GCAACCAUAAAUUUCCAACGUCAGGCAAAAACUCUCUUUAUUGUCUAUAUGAUGGAUGGGCCUCCGUACUAGACACCAAAUACUUCGUAUCACCCUUAAAUGGGAACACAUUUUUCGUGGCCAUAAUUCAUGUUUUUUAAAUAGAAAGUUUGAAAUGCCUGCCUAUAUUUCACAAUCCUGACAUAUUUAUGAAUCACUCCCUGCAUGCAAAUAUAAUUAUUUAAAGCACCGAGGUGACAUAUGGGUUAGAAAUGUACCAAAUGCUGUUAGCGAAGUGAUUUUUUUUAAUUCCCUAAAUUGAACACCGUAGAAAACUCUGCCUGUCUGUUCAGAUCAAUAAAGUCGAAGGUGAAGUUUUACUGAUUUUGUCAGUGCCACAUACAGAUAUUCGGUUUUGAUUAGGUGAAGCUGACAAAAAGAGAGUCUUUUUGCAAUUACCAUUAGGUUAAUGAAAGAAACACUCAUCUUUCUCCUGGCACCCCCGCGCAGGCAUACGCGCUUUUCCCCCUCUCUUGUCGGGCGAUGAACUAGCCGGAGGUAAAUUAGACAGGCUGGGUUUUUUUGCUUUUCUGUUUUGUUUUGUUUUUUUUUUUUUUAAUUAAUUUUCCUUCCAGCAGCGCUGGUCUCGGGGGGAACGCCGGUCCCCGAGCGAGAGAGGGGGCUAGCAAGAAGAGCAGAGGAGGGCUCCGCCGGCCCGAGGGUGGGCAGGGCAGCCAGGCGCCCGCCGGGGCUGCGCGGAACCGCCGCAGCUCCUGCCCCUUUCGCCCUCGCCCCUUCGCGGCGGCCGAAGCCCAGCCCGUCUCUCGCGGCGUUCGCUCCGAGCUGCUCCCGGGAAGCCGCCGCGGGCAGAGGAACCCACCGCCUCUCCCCAUCGGGACGGCGGCUCCCCGCCGGCCGCCCGCUGCCCCGGCGUCCACCGGCAGCGCGGAGCAGGCGGCGAAGCCGGUGCCGUCCCGGCGGCGGAGCUGCCCUCUCUGCCGGGUACGGCGCGACGUUACCUGCCGAUUUAGGCAGCGGGCUUGAUUCAGGCACACCGACCAGCAGCAACGCGGAUUAGGCAGCUGCUCUGUCGCGGGUUAGUUUUAGCUAAUUACGGGGAAAACCACCCCACCCUCUCGGCGGAGAAUCCCAAGCAGCAACGCCGGCAAAAAGACACGGCACAGCCCGCGGUGCUGGUACCGCCCAGAGCCGCCGGGCAGCCCCGCGGCCGCCGAUACUUCCGCCGGGGCGGGCGGAGCCGCCAGUCUCUGCUCCGCCCGCCGGCUGCUCCCCCGCCCCGCCGCGGGGCUGGGGGGAGCCGCGGUAACCGAGAGGGAAGGGGAGACUUGCCCGACCCCCAAAAGUUCACACCCUCAAUGGACGACAAAGUAGGCAGAAGCAUAUGUGUGUGAAGAGUUUUUUACCUGACCAGCUUCAUUCAGCAGAGAGUGCUAGUGAUGCUAUAAUCUGGGAGACAACUGAAGUUAUUAGUUUGGACAUUAAACACCAUCAUUAACUGUAUGCAAUUAAAAACGGGGCCUGUUCCACCGCCGUUUAACCCAACAUGCAGUCCCAGCCUCCUGCUGAAACGCGGCAGCGGAGCACGCGGCGGCCGGACCUUCCCUGCGGACACGGCACCGCAGCGGGGCCCGGAGCAGCCGCCGACAUGGAGUCGCAGACCCGAGCCCCACGCCUCGCCAGUGCUCUCGCCUCCGCCAGCCUCCUGCGUGGGAGCGCACUCGUCCCGCCGCGGCGGGCCCGUCCUGCCGGGGAGCCCGCGGCAGCGCCUCGGGGCGGCCGGCCCGGGGGCGGCGGGCGGACCCCAGGGCUGGGGCGGGGGACCCUGCGGACGCCCCGGGGCCGCCGCGGGCGCGCGCAGCCCAGCCGCAGGUGGCGGCGGGAGCCUCGCGCUGCCACCACCCCCACCCGCGGCCCGGCCGCGCUUCCGCCCGCGUCAGCUGACUGACAGACGGACGGACGGACGGACUGACUGACUGGCUGGCUGCUGCGGCGGAGGUACCGGCCCGGUCCCGAGCCCGCGGGAGCCCCGGCACGGCUGUCCCCGCUGCCAUGGCAGGGGUCGUGGUGAGCGGAGCCCAAGUGUCCUACAUUAGUCAAGACUGUGAAGAAAUCCCAGAAUUCCUAGGAAGAAAAUAUGGACGGGUGGCAAAAAGGCUAGAUCUUAGCUUCAACUUGUUAAGGGUGUUUCUUUCCCAUCAUGGGGCUCCAUCUUGGGCCACAGUGGGUGACUAUCCCUGUGGAGCUGCUCAGAAGUCUCCAAGGUCACUGGAAGGACUGAAAACAUUCAGUUACUUGGAAGAGCUGAUCUUGGACAACAAUCUACUCGGAAAUGACCUUCGGUUACCCAGGUUACCCCACCUCCAUACCUUAACGCUCAACAAGAACCAAAUAUCGGAAUUAGAAAGCCUUUUGGAUCAUUUGGCUGAAGUUGUGCCCUCACUACAGUAUCUCAGUUUGCUUGGAAACGUGGCGUGCCCAAAUGAACUGGUCUGCAAAGAAAAGGAUGAAGAUGACUACCAGAGGUACAGAUAUUUUGUCCUACACAAAUUGACAAACCUGAAAUUUCUUGAUACUCGGAAAGUAACCAGGAGGGAGAGAGAGGAAGCCUUGGUAAGAGGUGCCUUCAUGAAAGUGGUUAAGCCCAAGGAUGCUAAGACUUCUAGUGAUGCUGCCUCCGCUUCUCCAGAGAUGCAUUAUACACCUCUGCCUUCGGGAUCCAGAGACCUUACCAAUCACAGAGGUUUUGUUGUUGAUCACUAAAGAGAAGAUAUCGGCUCCUAUCCUUCCUCCUCCUCUCGUGAGGAAGUUGUAGACUACAGUGAGGUCUUGCCUUAGUCUCCUGUUCUCCAAGCUGAACAAGCCAAGUGACUUCAGUUGCUCCUCAUACGGCUUCCCCUCCAAACCCUUCACCAAUAUUAUAAUCUUCUAAUACAUAUAUGUAUGUGUGUGUGUUUAUAUAUAUAUAUAUGUGUGUAUAUGUAUAUAUAUAUAUAUUUUUUUUUUUUUACUGUGGCACCCCGAACUGCACACUGUGCUCCAGGUGAGACCGCACCAGUGCAGAGUAGAGUGGGACGAUCACCUGGAUGCACCCAGGACAUGGUUGGCCUUCUUGGCUGCCAAGACACACUGUUGGCUUAUGGUCAACUUGCUGUCAACCAGAACCCCCAGACCCCUCUCUGCGGAGCUGCUUUCCAGCAUCUUGUCCCCAGUCCAUAUGUGCAGCUAGGGUUGCUGUGUCUCAGGUGCAAAAUCCAGCACUUGCCCUUGUUGAACUUCAUGUGGUUGGUGAUUGCCCAGUUCUCUAAUUUGUCCAAAUCCCUCUGCAGGGCCUCUCUGCCCUUGAGAGUGUCAACAGCUCCUCCAAAUUUAGUGUCAUUAGCAAACUUACUUAGUAUUUCCUCACAUCCUGUGUCCAAGUCAUUUAUAAAGACAUUGAAGGGUGCUGGCCCUAAGAUGGAGCCCUGUGGAACCCCACUAGUGAUGGGUUGCCAGCCCAACAUAACCCCAUUUACUAGAAUGCUUGGAGCCCAGCCCGUCAGCCAGUUACUCACCCACUGCACUGUGUGUUUGUCCAGCUGUGUGCUGGACAUCUUGUCCAGGAGAACACUUUGAGAGACGGUAUCAAAGGCUUUACUGAAAUCCAAAAAGAUCACAUCUUGAGUGUUGAGGCAAAAGGCUUCUUCCUACAGUCUUCACUAUUUGCCACACAGUGAAUGUCUGUACUCUAUCUAAUAUAAAGUGUUAGGCCAGGCAUUCCUUUGACUUUCAGCCAAAUAUUUAAAAAAUGAGGUGUUGCAAAGUGAGCUUUUCUUAUGAACCAGAACAGCUUUAAAGUCUAGGAGAGUGCAAUUUAUGUUUUGGGUUUUUUUUGAAAAUAAACAGAAUAAGGAGUUCCCUACACAAUUAUUUUUUUUAAUGGUAAUAUUUAAUUUUUAAAAUCUUAAAAAGCACUAUAAUUUAAUUUUUCAAGUGGGAAGAGCUAUGUUAAAAAUAAUAUUUACUGAUAAUUUUCUGAUUUUUGCAUAUACUCAAUUAUAGUUUUUCAAAUGAAACUUUUUCUCUGUAAUUUCAUUUAGACAUGAAAGAUCUUAGAAUGCUCUACAGUAGAUAGAUUCAAAUACAGUGAAGUCUGUUCACUUAAAAUCACAGCUAUGUCUAAGAUUUCUCAACUUCAAGGGCAAAUUUAUGUAAUCUCCUGCACAGAGAUUCUUUUCUGACACAUGUUAAUAGUUUUAUUACUCUUUUCACAACUUCUAAACAAAACAGACUAUAGCUUUUUUAGACUGAGUAGUAAUGAGAUUUUAUCAUAUCUAUAUUUGUUGCUUUAAAUGAAUUAAUUCUUGGUUUGUACUUAAGAAGAUGAUAUACAUGAACACUAGUAACAAAACUUAGUAGCUACUUACUUCCUUCUCUAUGCAGUAUAUAAAGAGAUUACUAUCAUCUCUCAGUAACAAAAAAAAUAGUAGCAAAUAUUUACUUAAUAGAUUAUUACUGUUAAAUAUUAUUUAACUACCUAGUUAAAAGUUUAUUUAAAUAUUAAUAUUAUAUAGUAUUUAAGAUGCUAAUAAAAUAAAGAAAAAGCUGGCGAAGUAGCUGGAGGUAACUCAGUAUUCAGAUGAUGUACAGUAUUAUCAGAUAAAUAGUGUGGCAUCAUUUGACCAAUAUGUACAAAAUCAAUUGACCUGAGCACACAAAUUGGUAUUAAAAUUUCAGGCAGGGAGCAUUAAUUUGCAUAUAUGAGUUUACUUUAUUCUUCUCCUCUUUUAAUAUUUUAGUGUAUUCACUAUUUAUGUGAAAUAUUCACACAUGGAGUGAAGUGUAGAACUCCAGAAGUCCUCAUUUAGAACUGACUUCAGUUUUCUAUGCAUUCCAAGAGCUUUGUGCACUUAGUCAGAAACAGAAAAUGACAAUAUCUGGGUGUAACUCUCAGUUCUAUAGUUUCCUGAUUUUUAAGACUUUAAGGUGCACAAUUGCUAGCCAAAAAUCUGCAACUUGGAUUAAGUCACUAUAAAUAUGAAGAUAAAGGACGCAGAUCUUGAUGGGCUGAGCUAAUUUAAGCAUCUUAAAGUUUUUAUAUUUGAAAGUAAAUUUAAGUGUCUAAAAGUUCUAACAGUGGACAAGUUUCUGGUGUAUAUUUUGUAAUUUCCUGGUUCUUAUACUAAAUAUACAUACUGCUGUCUCAAGCUUUAUGCUUCUUUUCCUAUAUCAAUCAUAGAUUGGUCAUAAAAGAACUUGGAUCAAAGUAGCAUUUUUGUCUGUUUAAGCAAGUUUUUCAUAUAACUUUGUUAUUAGAAUUCUGCUUGUUUCCUUUUCACAAUAAACUGUCUUUAUCAUCACAGCUAGUUUUAUUUAUCCUCUUUCAAUCAAUGCCCUCCUUACUUUAUGAAGUCUUCUUGUUUUGUUUUAAAUAGCAAGAUUUCUCCUUAUUUAUAUAAUGUUUCCAUGAUUGUGAUGUAACUUUGCGUAGUACUCAGUAUACACAGUUUUGAAAAACUGCUUUGCUUACUUCCAAACCUUUUGAUUUUAAUGCUCUAAUUUCUAGUAUCUGCUGGAGAUGCUUUCAGCUUGGGCAUUGCCUUCAGGAUUUUGCUGUUUCAGCUAUUCAAAAAGCUAAGAAUACUGAACAUUGUAUAUCAACUUUUAGUAUCAAUUAUCUGCUUGUCAGUUCAUUGCAGAACUGAGUCACUGUGUUAUUAUUUCUGCUUAUUCCAUUAAGUCCUUUCCUUAUUUAGCUGAGUUGGUAGCUCCACCUUCCCCUCCUGUUCUACAGUUUUUGCUCCUUCUCUUGUGGGUAUCUGAAACCGAUCAAAGUUUUGUAGCGCCAAGAAGGUGAUUUUUAAAAUCUGAGUGAAUGUUACUAUUUUGAUAUAUUUAUGUGUAUUUUAGCUGUCUCUUGUAUACAAUGUUGAUUUGGUGUUUAAAGAAUGUAUGUAGGCUUGGAUCCUGAAAACUAAAGCAAAUUAUACAGUUGAUUAUAAUUGUAUGAAUAAUAUUGCACAAUUCAUAUAGUGAAGCAUAGAUACUAGGGCUGAUAGGAUUAAUUUUUAUGUGCUCACUAAUAACUAAAAGCUGUAUUCAUGCAGCUGAUGGCUCCCAUAGACCCUCAUAAUUAUUCUGCUAUAUAUUCUUACUGCAGUGUCCAUACCUUAUUGCUAAUAUUACCUUUUGUGGUGCUGUAGUUUUUUCAUUCUACCAUUUAGCAGACAGAGGUGUUUUUUGUAGUGUAGGAAUAAGAUCUAACCUGUAUGUUGCCACUUCAGCAUCUGUUGCACUACAGUCAUUAGUAUCUGUAAUGACUGCCACAAUAGUUUUUGCUAUUGGGUUUGAGGACACGAAAAGGGCAGAGACAGUUUGGGGUGGGGAGGUAUUUCAAUAUAAAGGUUUCGUAGGUAACUUUCUGUGAUUGUGUUCUGUUCAUACGCAUCUGUAUUUCAAGUCAAGUCUCUUCCUCUCCUGUGAGGAAUCCAAAGGAACCUGGCACUUCGGUAUUUACUAUUUCUGUUGGUAUUGGUAAAUACAUAAUUUCCGCUGAUUUGAAAAGUGUGAUAUCUUCUGUGCUCUAUAGCUUUGUUAGAAACAACAGAAAUACUUCUGUAUAAUUAUCUUUAUAUGUAAUGUGCAUGAGGAAAAUAGUUGCCUUAGAUAGAUACUAAUGUUUCAUGCCUGGUCCUUGAGGCUUACCCACGGUGUUACUGCUGCAAUAGCACUAGCUUUUUUCCCCUUUCUUGUUGUCAGAGUUACGGGAUGCUGAAUCGAGGAAAUGCUUUUUACCCUUUUCUCUGUCAGGUCAUCUUCAUCUACCAUGGUCAUUUUAGAAAGCCUUUGCUGUCUCAGAGGACAAUUACUUCUUUUCUCUUUAUUUCAAGGCCUUUAUCCAGCUCAGACUGGUAAAUUAGUACGAAGUGCUUGCUCAGAACAAAACUGGAAUGAUGUGAUUUUAUUAAACGGGGUUUGCAAAGGCUACCGUAAAAGUGAGGAAUGAUUUUCAGUCACCUUUUCUGGACUGUGUUCAAGUCCAUGUCCCUAAGAGAGCUUAAAAGAGCUGCAAGCACUAAUUGUUUGUUUAAUGAUUUGGCCACCUUUAUAAAAACUGUGAAACUAAGUUUUUUCAUUGUUGCUUUAGGUCAUUGCUCUAAAACCUCUGCGUUAAACACCUAAUUGUAAAUCUUAAGUUUUUAUUUUUGAUGGUACUUUUUGAUAUUUCCUAAUACUUUCAUAAUUAGCAUUGAAAUAAUGAUUAUGCUGUUGGAGAUGUAAGACAAGAGUAAAACAUAACUGAUGGGUGAUAUCAAUAGUUAAUUUUACAGUCUUGUUUUUGAUUAAAAACAUAGAGUUUCACAUAAUGCUACUAAAUAUUCAAACUAUUACCUACUGCAAAUGGCAAUUUUUUUAACCUGUAUCCCCAGGAUUUCAACAGUGGAACAUCUGUUUUAUUUUGAGAAAAAUAUGAUAAGCAUCUGUUUGCAUGGAAGAUGUGAAUGAAACCAGACCACAUUUGUUUGCAGUGUUAUGGAUUAUCUGGUCUUACACUGUUUAUGAAUAAAUCAUGCAGGAUGGAUAGUGCUGGAAACCACCACAGUAUGUUUUAUACUUGGUUUAAAACAUAAAUUUAUGUAUUUGUGAUUUUUUUUCCUGUAGACACUAAAAAAAUUUAUGUUUUAAAUAAAGUAGCAGCCUGUUCCAUUUCUAGACCAGUAUUUAAGCUCAUGGAUACCAGAAAUUCUUCUUGGCCAAGCCAUGCUUGCUGUUGUUAGUGUGUAUGAGAAUAUAGGGUGAGACUUAAAAACAAAGCAAAAAAAGCCCCAAACUGUUGUGGCUAGGGAAGAAAUACUAGAACGUAUUUUGUUAUUUGAGAAAUAAUGUGCUCUCUGUAACUGGAUUGUGGCCUAAUGUACAUGUGGAUAGAGUUAAAUUUGCAUGUGUAACAUGGAAGACGCAUCUUGCAAACCCUCAUGCCUAGUUGUGGUACUUGCUGUCAUGAAUCAUUUGUAUAGACUCCAAAGUAUUCCAUAUUCAAGGGAGUGGGUGGAUGUACAGGCAUUUCUGUGUUCAAAACAGUGGGGAGAUGAAAACAGUGUUCAAAACAGUGUGGAGGUUUGAACAGGCCAGUAGUUUGUUCAAGUGUUUGUGAGUUGUGUCCACUUGUCCAAAAAUAUUUGUACUAACAUGCUUGAGGAGUUCAGGAUGCCUUUGGUCACAGCUGUCAAACUAACAGGAUCUGUUGGUUCUUCAAUAUGAAAAGUCAUGUUCUGCAGGACAGAUUAUGGGCUGAUUUUAUACCUCAUAGUCUGCUACUCUCUUAUGGAUGCUUUGAUAUUGUUGUUGCUGUAUCAUUUCUGCUAUUUCUUGGAGCCAGCACUGCAGGGCUUACUGCUUUCAGGAUACCUUUAGGAAAGCAAUCCAGUGAAGCCUCAGAAUACCUUGUAAGAAUAUGUAAACUUUUGGUGCACGUGUUGGCUGAAGUCCAGCAUGCGUGAAGUAUUCCAGUGGAGAAAGUAGAUCAGGGCUUUAGACAUAAUACUUAUCACAAGCUUUAUGAAAUGUAGACACCAAGUUCCAUGCUUAACUGUUAGCUUCACCCAUCUAGCUACAAGGUGAUUGAAGGCAACUGCUGCCUUUCAGCGGUCAGUAACUGUCUCUACUUUGAUGUGUUGCAUGUGACAGUGUGUGGAUGACUUGAUACAUAUUAAGAUGUCAAAUGUUAGCACAAAUUCAGUGUGUUAGUGUGAAUGCUGGAAUGAGUUUGGGAUUGAGUGAAAUCUCCUAACCAUGUAUGCACACCCUUAAUCUUAGCCACUGAUUUAUCUCUUUAGCUGUCUGGCUAGAACUGGAGAUGGAAUGCAUAUUUCAAUCAGGCAAGUGUGUCUUUAUUAUGUAUUAGUUAAUUGAGUUACUCUAUCUAACAGGAGUAAUUUUUUUCUGGCAAGUUGAAUCUUUCAUAUUUCUUCUUGUUUUGGGGUACUGGGGGUAUUUUUCAUGUUCUGGUUCUGGCUUUGGUGCUUUUUUCCACCCACUUCUCAUAGUUUGUCUCCUCAGUCAAUUCGCCUUUAAAACAGAAUGGGCUCAAUAUGAUGCAAUAUUUCUCUACCAUUGUAAGUUGGAUGCAAAUUUCUUUAUUAUAUCUUCCAGUGACGUGAAAAUACAUUGCUCUUUUGUAGCCUGUUGCAGGUGUGCUAAAGUUAAAAAGGCAAGUGGAAUAAUUUAUAUGCUUAUAUAGGAGAUGGAAAAAGAGGUUUUGAGUGGAAAACUGGUAGGGAGACAUACUGGAUAACUUCACAUCAUGUUGCUGUUAGGUUGUUUAAUCAGUUAAAACAAAGGCCCUCCUUCCUCAAUAACUCUAGCUGUUAAAAAAAAUGUUGACUCCUUGCUGUAAAGGGCCAGUGGAGAAUUCCUUUUAUGGGAGCACUUGUUGAUGUGAAGUAGCUGGGGUCAAUGAUCAGGGCAGCAGGAUCUUUCCCUCUUCUACCACAGCUUUCUAAUAGCAGGAGGAAGGGGGAGUAAGGUAGAAUUUUACUGUGCUCUGUCAGUUAACAAUUGAUUUAAGGUUCCUGGAGGAACAUGUGCUAGAGAAACAACAUAGAAAAUACUUAUGUUCUGACAGCUUCUGCAGGAGCAGAAUAAAAGCUCUCUGUGCUAUAUCUUUCCUGUGCAGCAACCCAGCGCAGUUGCUUAGAAGAUUGAGGCAGAUAUUUUGAGACCCUUUCUUAAAAGCUGCUGUUUAGAUAAAAAGGUGCUUAAAUUGUAUCAGUUUAAAUAAUACACAGUAAUUACUACAAAGAGUAAGUCUUUAGAAUGGUAUCAAAUAUCUGUGAUUUAAACUAUAUUUCUUGAAAUAUUCCUACUUAUUUGUUGUUUGGGAAUAGGGAUAGGAGUAAAUAAAGUAAUCUAAGAAAACAUUCCAGACUUUUUCAUUUACUUGUUUGUACCACUUAAUUUAGCUGGAUAUUUAAAAGUUUAGUAUGAUUGUAUUACUGCUCUGUAUUUACCAUUUUGACAAUACUGCUUCUUUUUGUCUAAGAGAACUAGACUGGUGCAGGAGGAAGGUUAUAUCAGGGUUGACAAAAGAGUUCACUAACAGUGAUGUUCAAAACAUUUUAGUCAGACUCUUGAAAAUGGUGGCUUUGAAUCACUAAGAGUUAAAACCAGUGCACUUGCAGUCUCUUUUAUUUGGUUACUGGAACUUUCAGAUCACAGUCCUAAAAAGCCUAGUCCUAAAGCAUUUCUAGUAAAAGCAAGUAAUUCCUUGUUACCAUAUGCCUUAAGAAACUGAGGCUUAAUGGGGAACACUAAACGGAACAUGAACUGACAAUAUCAGAAUUGCUGCCUUCCCAAAGGCACUUUGGUGGGAUGAAGAAUAGAGACUGUGUUACAGCAGAGAGGAAAGAUUAUUGCCCAUGGUUGAAUACUGAAGGGGAUAGACUGAACAUCAGCAAAUCUCACCUCACUAGAAAGGUCACAUCUGUUCUCUGCCCUGCUCUUUCAUUGGUGUUCCAAGUACUUCUUUUUCUAAUCCUUAGGGGGAAUAAAAAAAAAAAGUGUGAUGCAAUUACAUUUCCAGUACUUUAGGUGAAAAACCAAGUUCUGAAACAGAAAACUACCUGACGUGUGCAUCUACUCUUGGAAAGGUUAUUUCAUGAAAAUCAAAGUUUUCAGUCAGCAGAUCAAGUUUUUGACUCAUGAUGCUUUGAAGCAGCAGAGGUGAUACCUUAAAGAUGUAACUGCUAAAACAGUUAUAGAGCAGUGUUAACACAAUGAGAAAAAAGAUCUACUUUCAUUCAGGCCAAUUUGAAUGAGUUGAUAAGAAUAAGGAAAGUUCCAAAAAGAGUUUAAUAAUAAAAAUUGUUCUUGAAGUAGUGAUCAGUGCUUGUGGUUUAACCAUUGUUGUGGUUUAACCCCAACUUGCAACUAGGGCCAUAGUAGCCACUCACCACCAAAGUGAGGUGUGGGAGAAAACCGAAGAGGAAGGGAGAGACUUGUGGGUUGAAAUAAGAACAGUUUAAUAAGACAACUAAAAUAAUAAUAUACUACUACUAAUAUAUAAAAUAAGUGAUAAUCACUGCAAUUUCUCAUGAACUCUGUCAGUGCCUAACAGCUGGUCUUAGAAAGGCGGACUCCCUGGUCCCAAACAGCUGAUCCCAGCAAAGAGCAAAAAGGCAAACAGGCCAAAAGCUAACUGCAAAACGGCAGAAUGGCAAAAGGCCAGAUUCCAACAUAACUCCAAAUGGAGCAGAAUGGAAUCAAACUCCCGAAGUGAACUGACUAGCUGGAAAAGCCAGCUCCAGUUAUAUACUGAGCAUGACACUAAUGGUAGGGACUAGUUCAUUGACCAAAUGGGAGUGCAGUCUGGGUGCUGUUCUGUUAUUUUCUCUCCCAGCUGCUAUUUUUCAGCUGUGGGUGGACAGAUUAUACGUCCUUGCCAACAGCCCAGAUAUCAGUGAGUUCUUACGUUCUUUUCAUACCAGCUCCUGAAAGGUAGCCUAGCUACUGAAAGAAAUAAGUUGGCUCUUCUCAGUCAAAAUAUGGAAAACCUAACAUGUUUUCUCAUUAUUCUCAUGGUAAAUCCAAACCAAAAUUUGUUCUAGCUACUAAUAGGAAAAGUUUCUAACUGUAUAAAGAAAAACUACCUUGAUUUCAGUCAAACCAGCACAGCCAUCUGUACUUUUUAUAGUAUAAAUAUAAAAUAUUAAUAAUAUGUUAUAAUGUUUUAUAAUACAUAUAUUUUAUAAUAAAUAAAAACAAAAUAAACCUGAUUUUAAAACACCUUUUAUUAAUGAAAUGACUUUUCAAUGAGGUUCGUGUUACAGGUGCAGAUGCAUUGUGAGAUACAAUUUGCGAUUCAGUGAAAGAAACACACAUUGAUGAGCUACUCUUUUCCAUUCAUGUAAUAGUUCUUGUCAGUAAGGAUGGCUUCUGUUUUCAAGAGCUUCUUUUGUUGUUGUGAACAAUGACAUUUUUCUCUCCUCUUGCAUCUGUUGCUGUAGCUGAGAUGUGAAGGUGUUUGCUUAGUGCCCUUUGGAUGCUGGAAUUUUGACACUGUACAAGGGGUAUUUUGUAUUCUUCUCAGAAUCACUGCGUCUUCAUUCUUGCCAUUUCUAUGGUAGUUUCAUGAUGAGACCAGUGUACUUGUCCCUCUUGCAUAGGCAUAACCCUCCUACCUGGUAUGCAUAUAGAGAGAGAAUGGAGUGAUGACAAGGAGUUGUGUGUUAUUGUGCUGCUUGACUAAAUUUCUUGUUCUAAUUCUUCCUUCCAGGAGUCUCUGGCAAAUCUGCUUGAGUAGAUCAGUGUGUUGGGUUAGCUGAAAUCAAAGUAAUUUCCCAUGAAGUUAGAAUCUUUUCUUCUUAGUAGCUAGCAAUGUCUUUUGGUUUGGAUUUAAUUUGAGAAUAAUGAGAUAAUGCCUUGGGAGAGAGUUAAUAUUUUCUUCCAAUAGCUUUUGUAGAAUCCUAGAAUUGUUUGGGUUGGAAGGGGCCUUCAAAGGUCAUUUAGUCCAACCCCCUGCCACGAGCAGGGACAUCUUUAACCAGAUUGGUUUGCUCAGAGGCCCAUUCAGCCUGGCCUUGAAUGUUUCCAUGGAUGGUGCAUCUACCCUCUCUCUUGGUAACCUGUUAUGGAGUUUUACCACCCUUGUUAUAAAAAAAAUUCUCCAUACUGAGGUUCUGGAUGCUUGAAAGUAUUUAUUCACAGGCUGGACCAAGAGUCUGGCAGCUCAUAAUUGUCUGUGAUGGUUUAAUUGCAGGUGUAGAAGCACUUACCAGUCAAGUCAGUUAGCACCAUAUUAAUCAUAGAUUUGCAAGUGUGGAGAUACUCAAGUCCAGACAGAGAUGGUUAUGGUUGAGUUGGUAAUAUCACCCAGGUGGCACUUGCCUGCACCAUGAGGGAUGAUGCACUUAUGAGGACUUUUAGCUUGGAGCGGAUACAGAGCCCAGUCAUUGCUUCUGCCCUUCCAGUCUGUUGUGCUGUGCCCAAGAGCAUCUGGAUUAGGAAUUUGGAGGGUGCCAAGAUCUCUGCUUCCAGCUCAGGACAGAGCACAGAGAGCCAAGGAAGUGCUGAGAGUCACAUGCUGCAGGGAGAUUGGUGUCCCAUUUUGGGAACGUACUGUAAGAAAGGUGUGGGAGCAAGCAAGGUGGAGUUACAUGAUACAGUUUCCAUAAUGGGAAUGUACCUGGAAAGUGAGAAAUACAGGACUUCAAUAGUGGGCAUGAUUUUCUUAGUAAUUAAAGGACUUGAGAGGAGAGAAUAUUUAUCUCUUCAGGAUGCACCAGCAGAGCAUAGAUGAGUUGGGAUUCUGUUUCAAGUGGUACACAGUAAGAUUCUGGGAGUUUCACUUCCAGUAAAUGCCUGGCCAAGUAACAGAAGAUGCUGUUGCUCCAGCUUGUUACCUAUACUGCCAGUGGUGCCAGGAUGAGUCUUGUGAGCUGUCUUCACUACAAUUUCACUUGCUUUCUAAGCCAGGCUUGCAUAUCUUAUUCUUAACCCAAUGUUCUUGUCUCAUUAUGGACAGUUACAUGUUUCUCACCCAGGCUUUGGCUGGUUUUAGCAAGUGCCAUGUGCAUUCAGUCUUUUCUCCCUUUUCUGCAGGCAAGCUAGUGCAAUACAGUUGAAACAGGGUGAGUGAGCUUCAUGUAGACCUUGACAGUUCCUUACAGAACAGGGGAAAAUGGGCAUGUCCUAUAAAAAUACAUAUCGUAAUGGGGGAGAAUUUUGCAUGGUCAACCCUCCUAGCCCUUUUUUUAGCUUAUUGUGUCACUUCCAGAAAAGAUUAUUGCUCCUGUCCAACACCAUGAUUAUUGCUCAUGUCCAACACCAACUUAGACCAUGUUUGGGAGGUAUUUGAAACCCAAAUGUUGGGAAAGGGUUAUAAGAAGAUAAUAUGGAUUUUAUUGAGUUCUAGGUUGAGGUUUGGACUGCUAAAAUAAAUCUUAAGAUUCAAAGCCAUAUUACCUAAUAUGCGGUACUGUUUGUAUUUCCAAAACUAUCAGUCUUGAGACACCACUGUAUUUUUUUACUUACAUGUAAAUAUUUAGAUGGACAUUAAGGAGCUUAUUGAUUUUCUAUACACAGAAUGAUGUAUACAUACUUUUCUCAGAUUUCAUAAUAUUCAUUUGCUAAUAGCUCCAUUGAUUUGUUUUCAACAAAGAAACCUCAAACAACAAAAAAACAAACCAACCCAUCCAAAACUUGAGGAAACUGAAGAUGUUCUUUUACCAUGUAGUAUUGCUGUGUGCAGAAACAUGUACUUAGAGAUAAUAGGAACAUAAAUAUUUGCGAAUGAAUGUAGUUGGUUCUGAAUAUGAAGCCACAAUCUUUGCAUUCCUGCAAAGAGUUACCAGGACCACAUGUCACUGUAGUAUUACCAUAGACUGUACUGAUGGCCUUGCAAUUUAAGUGUUCAUAUUUGAAGAAUUUAAUCUCCUUUGGAAUUGAAUGCUUUAAGAGGAGACUUAUCUGAGUCUAGGUUUUGGUGGCGGUUUGUUGUCUUUUUGGUGGGGGCGAGUGAGGAUGAGGUGUGUGUAGGGAACCUCAGCUGCCUAUGCAGAAGCCUGUUGAUGUCUGUGAGAUUUUGGGCAAGUUCUGCCACCCCCCUUUCUGUAACAGUUUGACGUAAUAUAUAUUGUAGUAUGUAUUCCACCACUUCAGGGCAACUGUCUCAAUUUCGUGAAGUAUGUGAAAGUUGCAGCUCCCCAGCUGUAUUUCAUCUUUAUUUGAAGACUCCCUUUUAAAAUAUUUUCAUUCUGCAUUUAAUCUAUAGUAUAUUGAAUAAAGAACACAACUGGCUCGUUUCCUAAAUCAGCACAGCAAUGGCCCAUUGUUCGUUACAGUGUAUUAGCAUGAUUUAUUCAUUUAAAUAACAUAAGUUAGAUGCAACAUUUCUGAAAUUACCUCUUUGUACUUACUUAGCAGACAAAAUACAAAAAAUGUUUAAACUUGCUUUGAAUUUCCUUUUGUUGCUAUCUCAAAACUUCAUGAAGGAGACAGUGGAGCUGCAAGCUUCAAAAUGUUAUGAAAGUUCUUAACUUCAGGCGCAUGAGUUAACUCAUCUGCACUCACGGAAUGCAAUGAGUUCAAGGAGAUGUAAAAUUGAGCAUGCACUUCACAGUUUUCAGAAUUAAGGCUAAAUUGUAUGCAGAAGUAUUAUUUGUCCUUUAAAGGAGACACACUGGAGAAGAGAGGUUCCACGGACUGUUACGUUCCUGCAAGUCAAUAUUUUGUUCCUAAUAUUAAAAAGAGUGUAUGUGUUUUAAUAUUGGGACUGAAAUAGUAGUAAAAAGCUCAUUACUGUCUCUUGGAGAAUGUACUGACUUCUCUCAUAUUUUGUUCUGUGAACAGGAGUAGCAUGGAACUUAACUAAGUGGAGCAUUUUGCCCUUAGUGCUGUAUCACUCUGUCCCAUAAUACAAAACCUAAUUAGUGCAUCCAAAGAAGCGUUAAAUAGAUUUCAUGCUGUUUAAUAAAGGCAUUAUGUGUUUUUGUCUGUUGCAAAACAUUAGAGGGAACGUUCAUAGUGCAUGUUUCUGCUGCCUCUUUCACAAUUAAGGUGCAGUUUUACAUUGUGUCUGCCUCAGGAAGGCUCAGUAACUUUUUUGCUCAUCAAAUCUUUCCUCUCAUUGUUAUGCUCUAUUUGUUUAGGUGUUAUUGCAUAAUGGCAUUGAAAUAGACUCUUAAUUGAGCAUCUUUGCUAGUCAUUUCAAAUUGGGGGGGACAGCUCUUAGCACCAGAAUAUAUCAGGUUGUCGUGACCUGAGGUUCAGUAAUUCUUUUUUGGUGCUGAUCUUUAACUAGUAACUGAGAAGGAAGAGUUUACUUUGUGACAUCUGUAGCCUGAACCUUUUCAUUCUUGUGAGUUCUCAUUAAAAUGUGAGAUUUCUUCCCAAGGGUCACCAUUACUGUCAGGUUUACACACUCCUAAUGGUGAUGUUUUGUAUCUGAUUUCAUCCCUUAGCUGGCCUUGUCUGGUCUGAAGUGCAGGCCUUCUAGACUCUAUAUGCUGAAGUUCAAAAGGAGAAAAAUACCACCUUAGGGAAGGGUAGAAAGGCUUCUUGGAUUCUGCCAAAUCUUGCCUUGUUGUACAUGAACCUAUAAAACUAUCUAAGCAACUCAUUAAGGGAUAUCUCAUUGAGUAUGGCUAAUCUUUGCCAGCCUGUUGGCAAGAUCUCUUCCUUUUUUAUUUAUUUUUUUUAUGUAUGUGUGUGUUGUGGGUUUCUCUGGCUUUAGCUCAGUUUCUUCAGAUGUGUUUAAGUGAUCUCAGUUUUUGAGUUUUUAUUAGUAGGUUUAUAUGAAAUGUUAUAUAUCACUCAUGAAACAUGUUUUGCAAAACAUUUCUAAGACUUUGCAAAUUGUACUGAAUUAAUUUUCAUAACCUCUGUUUUGUCUAGGUUUAUGGCAUUAUGAAUCAAUGUAAAGAGCAUCAGUGAUAGAGCCGUGAAUUAACUAGAGCUUUGGUUUUCCCCAGCCCACUGUAGACAUUUGAUCAGGACUUAGUGGUACAUGAACAUAACUAUCAUAGCAUAACUUCCACUUGGAGAGUAUUUUGAGGGUGUGUACUUGCCAGUUCAAUACUUACCUGGAAAGCAGCUUUACCAUAGCACUUCAAGAUCAAAACACUGCUGGAACUGUUCCAUCAUUAUGCUCUCAGCUGCUGAUGUAUUAUAUAACUUUGUUCAGGCAGCAUUUUUGUGCAUCUUGUAGUUGUUCAACCAAUUGGCAUAAAAUAGGUCUGAAUUUUGCAACUGUCCUUGUUCACAGCUAGCACACCUUCUUACCUUGGAGUCACCAGCUCUUGAAAUGUAUGUUGAUUCAGGAAUACUGGAAUAGCCAGUUGCUCCCAGAAACACGGAAAACAUAACAAAGGGCAGCAUAAGAAAACACUUAAGUCCAGGGACAACCUUUGUUUUUAUGUUGUUACUUUACGUGAGCUUACAAAACCACAAAAGUAGGAGUGUGAUCUGAAGGUCACUGAGUGCAGUGAAUUUUCCAAAUGUUAUAUAAUUAAAGAAACACCUGUGCCCCAGACAAAUAACUUCAUGCUGUUCUGCUGUGAGAAUGUUGUGCUUAAUAGCCCUAAAAAUGUCUGAUUUCUUAUGCACAGUGGAGGUUGCAAACAGAGUAGCAGUAUAUAAAACAUAAGAGACAUUGGUCCAAGAUGUCUUACAGGGUCUCUUCAGAUUGAUUUACUAGUGUCUCUGUGUGUGUUUCUUAGUUUCUGCUAUUACAUUUAGCACACUUCAGAUGGGACAAAAUGGGAUUUUAGACUGCCGAUGAUUUAUGAAGACUUAAAUUCUACUCCUGAACUCCUGAUGUUCUUAAACUAACAGAGGUUUUAAAUGAGCUCACAGGUCGCAUAUCCUUUCCUAAGGAGAAAGCAAAAAAUCCACAUUGCUUGAUGUUGGUCAUGAUAUCAGUGACCUUGUUUUGCUCUAAAGAGAUGAAUGUUGAUAAGAUAUCUGAAUGUUUUAGCUUCAUAUCAGGAGGAAAGAAAGUUGGUGCCAAACUUCAGUUUCUUGCGCCAUGUAAACUUUACUAUACGUGAGGGCUAUGAGGGCAUAGCAGUAAAAGGUGUGGUGACAGUGUUUUAUGCAGAAUCAUUUAAUCCCAAAGUGCACAUAUCUGUGCAUGCUGUAAGUGUAGGCACUCAUUUUGCUAUUGCUGACUACGUUUCUAAUUGUAAAGCAGAUUCAUUACAAUAAAUUGGCAAAGGAAAUUUCACAACUGAUAGGUUUUGCCCUUGACUGAUAACAGCACUGCUUGGAUGAGAAAUGCAGAUCUAGGUGACUCCCUCAAUCUGGAGCAUGUUUCUGUUAUUAAGUUCAGAAAACACUAUUAACUAUAUGCAUAAUUGGAAAUGACUAAUUUAGAUAGACUAGGUAGUUUGUGGGAAGUCACUGAAUGAAUGAUCUGGGCUAACUAAAUAUUUUUAUUUAGUUUCUGGAUGCUCUUGACAGUAACUGAAAAUCACAGUGAUUUAAUGCUUGCUAACUGGGAUUCAAUAAAUGAGUGAAGACUAUAAGCCGGUGAGUAGUAGUGGUAUCCAGGCAUUCUUAUCUCUCAACCUGCACAUCACUUGCCUAAGAAAAAAAAAAAAUUAAAAAAUAAAAAUCUUAUGUUUGAAGAGUCAGAGAUUCAAAUAUCUCCAACAGCUUUACAGUCAUUACUAGUUCCUAAAAUGUGCAAUAUGGAAUAAAGGCCCAUUGGAAGACAAAUGGUGGUGGUGGCAUUGAACUGGGCAUGCAAAAACAAACAAACAAAAAGGCAGGUGGGUCCCAGAGCCCUAGCAGUGAAGGUGUCUUUAAGAGUCACUGGUAUUUCUGUGGGUGUAGUCACCAGAUUGUACAGACCACAAAUAGAAUGAAGACUUGUAGGACAGUUUUUUACCAAAAUUGUGUUGAACUGUGAUGAAGGCAGCAUUUUUGCUUUGACCAGAAAAUGCAUGUGUACACUGCACUCUGCAACGUGCAGAUGUUUAAUUUGUGAAAUUUCUUAUGAAAUCAGUAAUUACACAGGUAUUCUACUUCCACACAGUCUGAAGUUUCUACUGGAUCCUCUUGAGUAGCUCUGAAAAGGAGCGUGCUGAGGUAUACAUUCCUGAACUUACAAAGAGAGGAAUAACAGUGGUAACGUCUGAGCACGCUGUCUGUUAGCAAAGCAAAGAUAAAGGUAGAAAAAACUUUUUUGGGUAUCUAACAAAAAGCAAAGAAGCUGCAGGAAUCCAAUGCUGCAUAUGCCAUUAGCCAUAUUAUAAUAGACAGCCCUUUAAACUGGGAAAAAUCAGUAUAGCCCUGACCCUCCCCAGAAAAUUUGCAAAAUGCUCUGGCGUGCUGCUCUUCUAAUGAUCUGCUUCUCUUUAUAUAAAGAAGACAGAGAAUUGAGAUCUGAGCAACUGGCCCCUUACACCAGUUCUAAUUUUUUCUCAAAAUCCGUAUCUUUUAAUAACCAUCGCUACCUGAAUACUAACAUUUCCAUGAGUACUCUCAAAUUCAGGUAUUCUUACCAGAGAUAUUUUUUACUCUCACUAUCAUUUUGAUUUUAUGCGUUAUAGGAAUUUGAUAUCAGUGGUAUUUAUGCAUUAUAGGAAUUUGAUAAAGCAGUGAUAUCCUUGCUUUAAAGUCAUAACGGUACAGAUUAUAUUUACAGUUUUUCUGUUGAUUUAUAAUUCUUCCUCUUUAAUGUUGAAACUCUUUGGGAUAACUUGUUUGUCUUCCUUAUUUGAGUAUGGAAAUGUAUGAUCCUUCAGCCCUCUGCUGCUGUCAUCAUGUUCAUCUUCUCUCUUUCUCUCUCUUUCUCUCUCUUUCUCUCUCUUUCUCUCUCUUUCUCUCUCUUUCUCUCUCUUUCUCUCUCUUUCUCUCUCUUUCUCUCUCUUUCUCUCUCUUUCUCUCUCUUUCUCUCUCUUUCUCUCUCUUUCUCUCUCUUUCUCUCUCUUUCUCUCUCUUUCUCUCUCUUUCUCUCUCUUUCUCUCUGGCAACCUGCUUCCAAAAGUAUGUGGUCAUCAGGGAUAUUCAUAAUAUGGAUGUGUUGUAUCAAUUUAGUACACAACUCAUAUGGCUUCCUUCUGUGUCCUCAUCCCAAAAUGAAGCCUCUUCUAGCCUGUUUUUCCUAAUCAAGACACAGGAUUUUUGUCCAAAUCAAAGAAUAGUUUAAAUUAGUUUGAAUCUUUCUGUUUAUAUUCUCUCUGCCGAUAGGUGAUGGGCAAACGUGUCUUGUCCUGCAUCUGGGUGAUGCCACAUUUUCUUCCUUCAAUUUUGUUAUAAUUUGUACCUACAAAAACUUGGAGUCUGAUUGUGCAAGAUGCUUUGUGAUGAUUGUGAAAUAUUUCUAUUUUUCUAGAGAAGCUGGAACUUAAACUGGCGAGGUGUAGAAGUGAUGCAGUAAAGAAAGGGAUUAUAUUGUUGCUCUUUUAAUGUGGGAUAAAAGGGCAUAUUUAAAAAACCCAAACGGAGUUUUGGAUAUUCAACCACCGUUAUUGUAUCUAUCCUUAGUGCCUUUAAAAACUCUUCUACCAAUGAUUGGUUAUAGAGUAAAAAUGACUCACUGGGUUUUGCGCUCAGUUUUAUCUGGAAGAUAGUUAUGUUUUCCUCUUCAGGAGGGGUUUUUACUACCUUAUCCCUCAUGCUUAUCAGUCUGUGUACAGGCUGGUCUUGGAAAAAUGCCUUUCUUCCACACAGGCAUGAACAACACAGUCACACUGCUCUGAGAUAUUUUCAGUGCUGGGUGAUGAAAUUUGACUAAUUACAUUGGAUCAUGUGUGUACUGGCAUGUCUUCAGGCUAUACAACAAUCUAUAUAUGCUGUAGGUUGAAAAUAGCUUAUUAAAAACAAGUCCAUACUGUACCUUAGAUCCUCACUGAAUCAGGCCCUAAAAGGUGAAGCAUCAGCAUUUAUAAAUUAAGUAGUUACAGUUUAUGCUCAUUUUAGAGGAAUUUUGCAUAUUAGUUUAAGAAUCUUCAUAAGUUAUUUUACUGCAGAGCAUUAAAUUCUUCCAGAGUUAUUGUGCUUUGGAAAUUGUUUGUUUUACCUGGAUUUAUUUGGAGAGCAAAAUGUUGAAACAUUCCAUUUUGGUAUAUGUUGAAAGCUAGCUUUUUUCUUUCUUUUUUUUUUUUUUUUUUUUUUUUUCCUUGAAGUAAAGCUUUGACUUUGACUUCAUUAACUGGAUUUCAAUGCUAAUUUAAGAAAGAUGAAAUUUAGAGAGGACAAUCUACUUGCCAAUCUACUACAGCUGGAUUUAUUUUUGAAUUUUCUUUCAUGGAGGAUGUCAACAUACAUUAUGUUCUCAGGUGUAAUGAAUACAGAUCUUAGGGUAUUUAAAUACUUUCUAAAACAGUCCUAUACAGCCAUAGUAAGUUGUUAAUAAAGUGCCAGUAAAUGGCAUUCGGGAACAGGGAAUAUAUUUCCGGGUUUUGUAGAGUGAAUAAAAUGGCUUCUGUACUCCAAAUGCCUUCCUCCAGGAACAACUUCCACCAGUUGUUAACAGCUACUAAAUAUAUAUGUAUAUUUCUUUUUUAAUUCUGCCCCCCCAACCCCUCCUUUUAGAUGCCUAAACAAGUAGGCUGAUUUUCGGAUACAAGAUACUUAGCAGUAGUAAUCAGUUUGUCUAAGUCAGUGAAAGUUGCUGCUCACCAAAACAAGGACUUAAUAUCUUAGCUUUAAGUGCUCAGUUGUGCAACACUGCCUAACAGAGAACAAAUAUUUGUAAAGGAAUACUUGUUUACAAACCAAGAAAACUCUGAGUACAUCAGGAAUAAUAGAAAGCUGGAUACUUCAGCAAAAUUAAUAUGAUGACUAGCUUUAAUGUUUAGGAGCAUGUAGAUCAUAGCACUAUCUGCGAAAACAUUUCUGCUGCGGUUGGAAUAGGAAUUGCUUUUGUGAUAUACACUUUAUAUGAUAACUCAGUGUGAAUGUUGAUGUUUUAAUGGAGAUCACUAUAAUCUACUUCAUCAGCUUUCUUUGAUAAAAGAAAGUUUCUUUUGUUUUCAGUUUCUUAUUGGUUCUUUUGUACCCAUUCAAGGGAUAGUUCUGAGGUUUGCAUAGUGAUUUCAGGCAUAUGACUUAAGUCCUAUGAUAUUCUGAAAUGGACCUCGGAUCUUGAGGUCUUGAAAGUUUUAUUCAGUGUGUAUUUCUUAGAUGGUGUACUUGCUGCUUGGAGGGCAGAAAUGAAUUAUGGCAGCCAUACUCUAUUGUAACAUUCAUGUAGGAAGUAAAGGGCACUGGUAAUAGUAACAGAAGGAAACAAAGGUACUGGGGAUGGAAAUAUCAGUAAAAGAGAAUUUUUCAGGUACUGAGGCCGGGGUUUAUUAUUUCAGUAUCAGAUAUUAGUAUUGGCAAGCACCUUUUCAUAAUUAUGCCAAAGUGUCUAUUUAAGAAAGUGGUUAUUAAAGAACGAUGAAUAAUCAAAUAUCAGUGUUGCUUCAUGCUUUUGGCUGAGAUACUGUGUGCUAAUGAUUGAAAUAAAAUCUUAGAUACUACCAUGUUUUUGCACCAAGCACAGAAAAUGUGAUUUGCCCUGGAAAAAAAUUGUUUUUAUUUUCUUUUUUUUUUUUUUUUCCCCCAAUGUGCGGAGUUGUAGGCAGGACUGGAACGUGCAUGUAUACAUCACUGUUAUAGAAACCAGAAUCUUGAAGCUAGAAGGAAAACUGGUUUGAAUGCCCUAUAAAUUUCCAAAGCUUGCUGUGUUCUAAUUUAUUUUUUUAUUCUCUGAAACUUAGGAUAGAUAAUUAAAAAUCCAUAUAAUAAAAUAAUGUGCCAUACACUUUUCAUUUUUCUCUAUGCAUACCAUGUAUUUUUGAUACAUAUUCGGUAUUUUUUGUUUUAAGAUUAAUACAUUUCUAAAAAUUUGCUUUUCAUCUACUGUAAUUGAAGUUAGUAGUUAAAAAUUUUGACAGAUGCUAAUAUGGUCUACAUGUGGUCCUUCCUCUCUAAGGAACUGUUUCUUACUGUUUCUUUGCUUUUAUUUAUUAAUUUGAAAAAGAGUACUGCAGUAAUCUUGCACAUUUUGCAUUCUGUUUUAGGCGAUAGUGAUAAGCUAAGUCUUUCUCAUCCAACCAAAUAAAUUGAUAAAUACAGCUGAUUCAGAACGUUUACAUAAUCUUUCCAAUGUCAACAGUAAUUUAAAUUAUCCUAACUUUAUACUCAAUCUCCAAAAUCCAAUUACCAGCUAAUAAUAAUUGUCAGUUUUACUCUAAACCUUUAAUGAUAGGUCACAAGGGAUGUUGUACCAGAAGGAUUAAAUCGUUGUAGACUGUAGCUAUGCCCAGCCUUAAAUUACUAACCUCUUAUCUCAUGGUAACAGAGCUACUAUAUGUUUUGUCGCCGUUUUUGCUAAAUAGAAUAAAUGUCACCAAAAUUAAUUUCAUCUUUCUUAAAUUAGCUUCUUAGCAUGAUUUCUCACUUCAGUCAAAAUUUAUUUCUUGAAGAAUUUAAUUUCCUUCUUAAUCUAUUUUAUUUGAGAAAGAGGAGGAAGAACUUUCAGGAACAAAUGUCUUUUAAAUCAUUCUGUGGCUAAUUUUGAAAUUUACCCUUCAUUAAUAAUUGCUGACCCCUACAGGACUGAGUUUAUUAAGUCACUGUGUACUUAAAAUCAAACUGGUUCUGCCUAGUUCAUCCUCACUAUAUUCAAGGCACCGAAAGAUAAAAGCAGGUAAAUCCUGCUUGUGAGGAAAGGUGUAGUGCUUAAUCAUGUGAAUACAAGAUUUUGUAUGUGAAGGGUAAUCUAAGAGAAUGUUGUAAUUAGAUGAUUUAGUUCAGUUUUUAAUCAUAUUAAGGGCACAUGCAAGGAAAGGAACAUGCACUUAAUGUAAGAAAUAGUAUAGCUGAAAGAAAUGUUGUCUUGGAAAGAAGGCUUUGAGAGUUGACAUUGUCAUACAAUAUAGUGACAGCAAUUUCUAUCUGAAUUGUUGGCAUCCUUACAAAUAUUUCCAAUGAAAUGUGUAUUCUGAAAUAAUUAAAAAAUUCAGCUAUUGGCUUUCUAUUACAUUUCCUGUUUUGGUUUUAAAUGAGCUCGGUUAAAAACUUUAUAGAAAGUUACAAUGCAAUAGUUCUUUUAAAGAAAAUAAAAUGAUGGGACAAUUGACAAGGGGAGGAUUCAAAAAUUAAUCUGUAAGUGACAGGCUCUGUCUGAAAUGAUGAUUCGUCUGCUGUUAAGUAAAGAACAAAAUGUAAGGUAAAAUGGGGGGUGGGCAGGAUUUUACCGCUCAUAAAUAAAAUCUAUUUGAAAAUAUUGACAUCUAGAGGGAGCGUAUUGGCUGGAAUAGUGAAAUCUAUUAUAUGCCUAUGAUUUCCUUUUGGAAACAUGCUCCUGUUUAAGAAUCUAUAGUAUAAAGUACAGGGAUGACUAGGGGAAAAAAAAAAAUAGAGUAGUAAUUUCUUGUGUCAGCUGCACAUGAUUAUCAAGGUUUUGUAAACUCAAUUAGUAGAGAAGAAUAUACCCCAAAUCUGAUUAAAUGUUAGUGCCAGCAGGGCAGAAAAUUAAACAGAGCAUAUGCAUUAAUAAUCUAUUUAAAUGUUCUAUCAACUUCGAACAGCUGCAGCAGUUGUAAUCAUGCAUUUCUUUGUGGCAUCCUACAGAUUUGUAUAAGACCAGGAAGUUACUACUGGAUUAUUGCAGUGGGUAGAAAGUCGGAAGUGUCUGUCACGCUUUGGACUGUGUAUAGGAAAAUAUUGCCUUUGUGUUUAGCAGAGCUGUCACCUCCACUUGUAUUUGAGGUGUUGAUAUUUAUCUGUAUCAUGGCACUGUUAUCUGUAUUAUGAUUUUUGUCUGCAGGAAGGCUGAAAUACAACCUCACAAAAGAGUAUUGGAAAAAUCAUUAGAACUUGUGUAGAAAUAUAUCUACUCUUAGUUACUAACUUGCCAUUUCUAAAAAAGAAAGCAGACCAGUCAGGUUGGCAAAAUGAUAGUUUGUUUUGCAAACAGAAUGAUAUUCAUAAGAAUUGAGCUUUUAAUUCUUUUGUAGAAAAUGUAUGACACCCCCCUUGCCAAAAUAAGUGAAAACGGAAAUAUGGAGAGUCCCCAAAGGAACAAAAUUACUGUAACUUCAUGAGUUAAAGUGGGAAAUCAAAUGAUUGAUAAUUUCAAUGCUUUUGAGACAGCAUUAUAGGGACUAUAAGUGGUGUGUUCAUAUUGAUAACCAAUCCAAGAGAAAAGAAAUAAGCUGGCGAAGUAUAAAGGACUUAAAUUGAUCAUGUGCUUCCCAAAGCAUGACAUAGAACUUGCAGAAUGCUCUCUCUAGUUCAGACCAGCUGCCCAACUGGCCCAAUAUUCUUUCUUUUACAUGCGGUGAGAAGCAGAUGUUUGGAGAGGAACUGAGCAAGUAUAUAUGAUACUUCCCCUUAGUACUCUUCCAACAUUUGACUUUUUUCAGCUUAGCUUCUUUACUGACCUGUGCAGGAUCUCCAGUCUCGCUUGGAGUUCAUAUAAGCUUCCAUGUCCAGCAGCUUCUGGCAAGAAAUUUUACAGGUCUCCCACUUGUCAUGCAAAUAGCCGUAUCUUUGUUUGUUUUGAGCCUUUUUUCCCACUGAUUUCUCUUGAUAAGCCCUGGCUCUUGAACUGGAAAAGACAGUUGAAACUUAAACUUGCCUAAUGUUUUAAAAUCAUCUGCAAUUCUGUAGGCCUUCAGUAAUUCUGGCCUAAAUCUAGUAUGGCAAGAUUUCCUUAUGUUAAUCAUACAAAACUGAACAUGUGUUUGCCUAGGUUUCUGGCAAAUUUAAUGUAUCCUUAAAAAAUUUUUAUAUGGCAUAAAUCUAUAUGUACAAUUCAUGGGGAAAAAAAAAAAAAUCUUUUGUCUUGUCUUUGGUGCCUGUACUAUUCCAGACUGUAUUUAUGUAAAGAGGUCUGCGGUGCUACCAUACAGUCUCCAGAAAAGUAAUUGAUCUGAAUAAAUCUCUACAAUCACUGCUACUGUGUGUGUGUUAGAAAGGAGGGCUCUUCUCUUAGUCUGUCACUACUUGCUCUCAAGUCCUUCUUCCCCUGCCUGUAUAUUAAAAAAAUGCAAGAAAUACCACCAACAGAUUCUGAAAAUGGAAGGAGGUUUCUGCCUUUGUAAAUGUCCUUUUUUUUUUUUUCUUUUUCUUGAGGGUAUUGUUUUACUGCUCCCUCAAAUUUUGUUUUUUGUUUAUGUGGAUUUUGGUUUUGUGUGGUCUUUUUGUUGUUGUUUUUAUUGUUUUAUGUUUUAAGAUUUGUUUGCUUUGUUUCUGCCUAAUAGAAAUGGAAGGAGACAGUAUAAUUUCAGAAAAACGGAAGUCUUUACCAUUUAUGAAACCACAGAAGUCUGUGUUGGAGUGAGAACUUAGAAAAGUUGCAAAAAUACAGUUUGGGAAUAGAACAGCAGGUUGAAGUUGUUCUGACUUAAAUUUCUGUGUGAAAACCAAGGUAGAGCAAAACUUUGCAGUUAGUGAUAACUAAUAUGUUUCUUACAUGCUCUAAAACAUACUUAAAAGAAAAAUUUUCCAAAAUACUUUUCUGGUCUAGAUUAGUGGUACAUUUUGAUUUGUUACAAAGUGUUUACUGUGUUCUCAUAGUUGUAAAUAAUCAUACUAAUUUGGGUGACGCUAAAUGUUUUCUUCUAAAUUCUAAUUGUAGCUGGGUUUAGUUAUAGUCACAUCCUGUUAAAAAUAUUUUUUGUAAGAUUUAAGUGCAUAUUUGUAACCUAGGAAAUGUUAUGGAUUGAGUUAUGUGGCAUCAUUUCUAAUAAUAGCUUUUACAGUGACCAUAAGUAAUCCUUAUUACAUUAGUCAUCUAUCCUUUGCUCCUUUUUAGUCUUUCUUUUGAGUUGUUUUUCUGUUCAUCCUUAUACAGUCUAGAUUAUAAAGGAAAAAGAUUGUUCAGUUUUGGCCUUAAAAAUCCAAGUGUAAGUAUUUCUUUCUCUCAUCUUUUCACUUAGCAGGAGUACAAUUUACUGCACAAUGGCACAAUCACAAAUGUCUGCACUGUGCAAUGAACUCAAAUUAGGAUUAAAGAUUGUCAAUUUUAUUCUGAAAAGUGAUGCUAGGAUAAUAUUGGCUAUCUACCAAAGCUGUACAGGCUUGAAAAGUUUUGCUGAAUGUGCACAGAAGUUCAUUCAAGCAUAGGCAGUUCACACUGGCAAAGGUCAGCUCUCCUUCUUAUUUUUUAAGGCCUCUAAUUUUUCAUCAUUAAUGUCUUUAAAGAUUGCUAUGGGAGUUUCACAGGAGAUAAGGGGUGAACGCUGGUUUGUAGUAUGAUGGCACAAGGGCUAUUAAAUAUGUAGAGCUAGGUGUCAAGGAAUAUCUGGAGAUUGAGGAGGGUGUGGUGAAUGCUGAAAAAUUGGAGUAUUACUUUCUUGCCUGUAGAAAACUGUGUGUUUCACAGAAUGUAUGUGAAGUCUGUGCUGGUGUGAUCACGUAAGUACAUUUCUCCUUGGUUUGCUAUAUGAAUAUAUGCAAGAAAUAUGGGAGUUUUUCAGUUUGGGAUUGGAAAGAAGAGAAAAUAAUUGUACUGUAAUAAGGAAACAAAAUAUGUGGUGGAGCUAAGUAAACAGGAACAAAACCAAGUACUCAAGAGUGAAUGUUGCACUGCAUACUGUUGUGUAAUACAUGUGUUGUAGCAAAUAAUAAUAACUGACUCCUUACUGCAAGUUCUCUGUUUUUCCUCCCACUGCUCUCCCCCCAGCUAAACUAGUGAUACACUGUGUUGAGAUGCCUUCUUACUUUCAGGUGGGAGUUAUUUCAUAUCGCACUGAGUUAUGUUCUAUUUGAAUUCUUGACCUUUGCAUUAUCUUUUUUAGUGAAAUGCCUAUGCAAACGUGGACAUAUCUCUGUACGGAAGAGAUGGCCUAUAACAACAGAUGGGAUUUUUCUAAAUCUAGGCACAGCAUCUCCUUGAACAAUAUAAGCUAAAUCUGUGAUGUGAUGGUCACCACAGAAACAUCUGCACGGGUUUGCCAUGUUACAAAUUAUGGGCAAAGACAGAAGGUUAAACUGAGUCACAACUAAACUGCAAAAGGUUAGCUUAGCUCACCAUUGAAGAUUUGCAAAUUCGGUCUGGCUUUGUAGUGGAGGAGGUGUUGGUUCUUGCAGAGACUGCUCCACUGGCUCAGAUGUAAUGGUAGUGACCCUCAGCAAAACAUGUCAAAAGCAGUUAGAAACUGAAAUGGGGAUUAGCAUCCUAAAUAGGCACAGGCGUUUCUCUAGUGGCCAUUUGUCAUGGCUUGCAGGAUUGAUAGAUUCAGCAACAACCCUAUGUUGUAAAAUUCAAUAUUGUCCUGACUGUGGAACAUGAUCGCGUGGUCUGCUUCUGCAUUGAUUCUUAUCUGUGUUAUGUGCGCAGGGAUAGCUAUGAACAUUUUUUUUAACAGUAAGCAAAAUCUGAAAUAUUAGAGGGAAGAAUUUGUAGGGGAUGUCUCAGUUGAGCCACUCACCAAAGUUCAACAACAGCUAGGUCAAAUCUUGAUAUUCCAAGCUCAUUACCUUUAUACACGGUGCUAUUCUAAGUAUGUUGAAAUCUGAUCAACUUCUGAAAGCAGUUUAGCUGCUUUCAAAUGGAACAGUAGCAAAGCUAAAAGCUUUUCUUCACUGACAGACUGACUAGUUUUGGUGCAUGUCAAAACGGCUGCUCUUUCUGUAAUAGCCUAGUGACCUGGAUCUCCUUUAUAGUCUGUUGCAAGAUGCAGCUAUGCUUUCCCUUUGCUUAUUCCAUUCAGUAUCACGUCUAUUGUUGUUUCCAUUUAUGUGAUGCUCGUGGCUUCUCCAGGAAAAAGAAAUCUGAGAAGAGAUACAGCUGCAUUUUUGAGUCUACAUUUGUGCUGUUAAUCAGAAUGUAUUUUCUUCUGACCCUGAAAAUGUUCAGGGUUAUCCUGGGGCUUGAUGGUUGCAGGUGAUUCCUCACUCAAACUGCCUCCACAUAUCUCAUUUCCACACAUAACAAAGGAAAUGUGAUAUUCAUGGUACAUUCCCUUUCUGUCUUUGAAUGUAGGUGAGUAGGCUAUGGACAAAUCUUCCUUGUCUGCUUGCUAUUACCAGCAGCAAAGUAAUCUGCUAACCUGAAAGGUGCAAGGACAUGAUGUGUCCCCACCCUCACAAGCAAUAAAGGGAAAGCUUCUCUGUGCCAUUCCCUGCAUGUGCUAAUGAAAGAGCUUCUACUGCUGUUAAAUCAUCCCAAGAGGAAUCAGAGGAUCACAAUUGUGCGCUUGCUUUUUGUAAGGCUCAUACCUCUUGUAAAUGGUUCCCCAGCCUUUAGCUACUUCCACUUCGGUUUCAGUCCACCUGUAGUUCUGUCCAGAGCCAGAUCAAUUAUGCUCAGUGAAGAUGUGGAUGUCUAUUGUGUGAAAAAUGAGAAACCAUGUGACAUUAGACAUCUCUUUCUUGCAGU